UUGCCCUCUCAACCAAAAGACCAGAUCUAUUUCAAGACUUACCGUACAAAAAUUAUGAUUACAGCAAAGUUCUUGGCGCCUGCUGUGAAAACAUUGUUGGUGUCAUGCCAGUACCUGUGGGUAUAGCUGGUCCUCUUUUACUGGAUGGAGAAAUGGUCUACGUUCCUCUGGCAACGACAGAAGGAUGCUUGGUUGCAAGCACAAACCGUGGUAGUCGGGCUCUAGCCCAGUGUGGAGUUCGGAGCAGAGUCGUUGCAGAUGGUAUGACCAGAGGCCCUGUAGUACGUUUUCCUUCCAUCACGAAAGCAAG